AGUUCCGUUCAUGAAUCCACCUGAAAACUAACUAAAAAACUACUUUGAACCAGAAAAAUGACUUCGGAAGUGUUUAAAAAUCAAUACAAAAACUAUGGCCGAAACGAGGCGGUGAUGCAACAGGAACGGCGCGAGCGAUUGCUGGAAGAACAGCGGAGCGCCCGCCAGCAUGAGUUUGAUUCCGGUCGACCGGGUCUGCUCCAAGAAAUCGAAAACCAUGCUUCCGAGGAUCCCGAAGAUGCUGAGGCGGAAAUCAUGGAGUGCCAGCCGAGUACCCAGCCAAAUGCCGCCCAGCGCCGUCACCGGAUGUCCAGGCGAUCGAAGCUGUACGCGAAAAAACUACAGCUUUCCGAGUGGAUGUACGAGCGACCGGAAGAUCUGGAAAACUGGUACAGUGUCCCGUGUCCGGUAGGGCAACGGUGCCUGUUGGUGAUCCGGAAUAAGCUAGCCAUUGCGUACGACAAGCGAGGCCAAUCGAUCGCCACCGUCCGCACAAACAUACACGUGCAGGAUAAGCGAGGCCCGAUCGUCCUGGAUUGUGUCCUCACUUCGAACCACAUCUUUUACAUACUCGAUGUGCUCGUUUACCAGCAGCUGGAUCUAGUGCAGUGCGACUGCCAGUUCCGGUACACGUGGAUUGCAAACAAAUUCACCGAGGACGAACUGAACGAACGAUUCAACGCCAAAAGUACCAUCAAGAAGAACCGGCUGGAGCUGAAACUUCUUCCGCAUUACGAUUGUACGCCACUGGACAGUCUGGCCGAAUGUUUGGCCCAUUAUCCGGCGUUCGACGACGUUGGUACACAGUUGGAUGGGUUCCUGUUUUACCACAAAGCAUCUCACUAUGUCUACGGAAAGACCCCUCUAGUCACGUGGUUGUUCCCGUUCAUGCUUUCCGAUGUGCUGCAGCUACCCGUGGGAUUGGUACACCAAGGUUACGACGAGCAACGACCCGCUACUUACGAUGGAAACUACGCGCAAUUCAUAGCCGAGUUUGAAAAACGGCAAAAGAAUCUCAAACGCAGAAAGAAGCAUCACAAGCCAGGCAACACAGCCGAGAUCCAUCCCGAGGAUACCAUGGACACAUCGUACGUAAGCGUAGAACACAAUCCGGACGAUGAUGCCUUAUGGGAGGCAAUGGAAAUGGCUCCACUCGACUCCGACGACGAGGAUCUGCAUUCGUCCGGCAUUAACGCGAACGAUUGAAUUAACGAUUUUUGAAAUCGACGAAAGGUUUUUGAACCUGAAAAGUUUGUUAUCUGUCCCUUACGUGAAUUAGGGUUUUUAAACGUUUUUUUUCUGUUUUUCUUUGUCAAUAAAAGUCA